CUUAUAUUUAUGAUUUUAACUACACCAAAAGCAGACUGCUGAAUCUGAUCUGGUUAGAGGAUUAAGAAAAGUAACCCUACAUAUGCAAACCAGAAAAUUAAAUAUAAGCGAUGGAUGUCGUUGCUGCUAUGAUCAUUUUGAGCAUCAGCAUAUUGUUGAUGAGCAAUGCAGUUGCAGCGAAUGCUUCAAACUCGAGCAGAGAAUUGGAGGCGUUGAUGGAUUUCAGGUGGCCUUAUAUCAACACCACUGCUCAUCACUGUGGGUGGAAAGGCAUCACCUGUGAUGAUGAUGGCCGCGUUGCAGAGAUAAGCCUGCAGUCUCAUGUAGGAUGCUAUGGUGAAGAUGAUGAACCUUGGGGGUGUCACGAUCUUGGCUGUUUGGAUCCGCUUGUUUUCACAUCUCUCACUAGCAUUCAUCUGAGCUCGUGUGGUCUCUAUGGAGUUAUCCCACCACACAUAGGUUACCUCUCCAACCUAUCUUAUCUCAAUUUAUCACAUAAUCUACUCCAAAGUGUUAUUCCUCUUUCAUUGGCAAAUCUGAGUGAGUUACGCGUUCUAGACAUUUCUGAUAACUAUGGUGUUUAUGGUCGCAUUCCACCUGACAUAGGAAGCUUAUCCAAGCUAACUUAUCUCGAUUUGUCCCGUAAUCACCUCCAAGGUGAGCUGCCUGCAAAUUUGACUGAGUUACAUGUGCUCAGCAUUUCUUGGAAUUACUUUUCUGGUGGCAUUCCACCUGAGAUAGGAAGCUUUUCAGAACUAACUCAUCUCGAUUUGUCCUACAAUCGACUCAAGGGUGAGUUGCCUCUUUCACUGUCAAAUCUCACUAAAUUGGAGAUACUUGACAUUUCUUCUAAUAACUUUUCUGGUGGCAUUCCACCUGAGAUAGGAAGCUUAUCAGAACUAACUCGUCUCGAUUUGCCUGGGAAUCGACUCGAGGGUGAGUUGCCUCUUUCACUGUCGAAUCUAACUAAAUUGAAACGCAUUGACAUUUCUGGAAAUAAAUUUUCCGGUGGCAUUAUGCCUAAGAUAGGAAGCUUAUCAAGAUUGACUCAUCUCAUUUUGUCUAAGAAUCUAUUCAUGGCUGACCUACCUAUUUCACUACCAAAUCUAACUAAAUUGGAGCUUCUUGACAUUUCUUACAACAUCUUUUCUGGGGCCAUUCCACCUGAGAUAGGAACCUUAUCAGAAAUAAUUCGUCUCGAUUUGUCUCACAAUCGACUCAAGGGUGAGUUGCCUCUUUCACUUCCAAAUCUCACUAAAUUGACAGAACUCCACAUUUCUUCUAAUGACAUUUCUGGUCCCAUUCCACCUGAAUUAGGAAACCUCCAAUCCUUGGCUGUUCUUGACUUGGGAAGCAAUAGCAUCACUGGUGUCAUUCCCUCUGAAUUAGGAAACCUCCAAUCCUUGUAUUUUCUUGACUUGAGCAACAAUGGCAUCACUGGCUCUCUUCCUUCAACUUUCAUUCAAUUAACAAGAUUACAAUUCUUGGGAUUGGAUGUCAAUAGGUUGGAAGGUGUUUUUCUAGGGGGGAUAGAAAAACUAUCUUCAAUCAAAAUGAUCAAUCUAAGUAGGAACUCAAUCAAAGAACAGAUACCUCUUGAUCUAGGAGAUGCUCCCGUUGCACGGUAUCUGACUAUCGACCUUUCUAGGAACAAUCUUUCCGGAAGAGUCCCUCAAUCUGUUUUUAAGUUGAGUAGCAUCGAUUUGUCGUACAAUCAUUUGGAGGGCCAGAUUCCGCUCGCUGUCUGGCGUAAGUUUCCGAUUGAAUCAUUCUUGGGCAAUCCCAUGUUACUUGUUCCAAAUGAGUCCAUGCCCGAAAGAGAAAAACAUCGAAACAAUUCAGUUACAAUUUAUGCUGUGGGGAUAGUAUUUGGCUGUGUGUUUCUGUUUUCAAUUUUCUUUGGAGUCUUUUUCUUAAGAAAGAAAGCAGCAGCAGCAGCAGUCACACCCGAUCCCAAACAUGGAGACAUAUUCAAGAUUUGGAAUUUCGAUGGCAACAUGGCAUAUCAAGACAUCAUUGAAGCAACACAAGACUUUGACUUCAGAUAUUGCAUCGGAACUGGAGCCUAUGGGAGCGUCUACAGAACUCUACUGCCCACUGGAAGAGUUGUUGCUGUGAAAAAGCUUCACAAAUUUGAAGGAGAUAAUCCUACUUUUCACUCCUCUUUUAGGAAUGAAGCUAAGGUUCUCUCUCAGAUUCGCCAUCGACAUAUUGUCAAGCUUUUCGGCUUUUGUCUGCACCAGCGAUGCAUGUUUCUCAUCUACGACUACAUGGAAAGAGGAAGCCUCUUUAGCGUGUUGAAGGACAACGAAGAAGCCGUGGAGCUGAACUGGAAGAAGAGGGUAAAUGUGGUGAAGGGCAUUGCCAAUGCCCUAUCUUACAUGCAUCAUGAUUGCAGCCCUCCUAUUCUACACAGAGACAUAUCAAGCAGCAACAUACUCUUGGAUUCAGAGUUUGAGGGUUGUUUAUCUGAUUUUGGUACUGCUAGAUUGUUGGAUCCAGAUUCAUCCAAUCAGACUCUAUUAGUCGGAACUCGGGGGUAUAUUGCACCAGAGUUGGCCUUCACAAUGGUGGUUACAGAAAAAUGUGAUGUGUAUAGCUUUGGAGUUUUGGCAUUGGAGGUCAUGUUUGGAGAUCACCCGGGGGAUUUCAUUUCCUCCAUGACGACGAUGAAGAGAUCCAUGCAGUUUGCUCAAAACAUGAUGGUGCAACAACUCAUGGACAAGAGGCUACCAUCUCUAGACGAAGAUGUAAGAAUGUCGAGGGAAGUGGUUGGAGUGGUGAAAAUAGCACUGAAAUGCAUUAGUUCUGAUCCAAAGUCGCGGCCGUGUAUGAAGGAGGUGUGUCAGGAACUCGCUAACCAUCCACCACGAUUGACAAUGCCAUUUCGCUCCAUAUCGGUGCUCCAUCUCAUGCACUCACUCUGAACUCACAACUUACAACUGCCUUCUUUUGGUAAUAAAUUUUCAGAUGGUCAGUAGCCAUAUGGAAAUGCCUCUAUUUUCUAUGUUUAUGUAUCAAGAUUCAAUAUAAAUGUUGGCAUAUGUAGCUUUGGAUUUAUACUAUUGGGUAUAGUUAACUAUGUUUAUGUGACUUGUAAAUUACUAUGUUUUUCUCCCCAAGGUAUAUUGCCACCUCUA